UUGUUUUUUAGCUGUUGAUUCUCACAUUACCAAUAUUUGCGACUAGAUAAAAAAUAAUACGUUUCUUUUUAGUUAAUUAACGAUAAGUGUAGUGUCAGGGGAUCGCGCAUCUCUAAACUACAGAUCGCGACACUAAUCUAAUUAUUUUGCACCAAAUAUCAGCGAAAUAUGAUAGCAGAAUUACUUGCCAUUUUGCCUGGUCUGACGGCGGUUGUCGGUAUUGCAUAUGGAAUAUGGCACGUCUGGUAUACCCGUCCAGGUCUGGAUGGCACUCCACCUGGUCCCAUGGGUAUACCCUUUCUUGGUUACUUACCAUUUCUUGGGAAAUACCCAUGGAUUGGAUUAGAUAAAUUGCGGAAAAAAUAUCCGCGCCUCGUGGCUAUGUUUUGGGGCAACCAGUACACGGUAGUCCUGCAAGAUUACGAAGCGGUCAAGGCCUUUCUCGUGGAGCAAGACGAGAACUUCAUCGGUAGACCUUAUGGAUUCCUCACCAAAUAUUUUAGCGCUGGAAAAGAUGGCGAAGUUCACAACAUUCUCGAUAUGGAAGGACCCAAAUGGAAAGCGACCCACGACUUCGUCAUGGAUACAUACCGUGAGCUUGGACUAGAAGCCAAGAAAGUAGAUGGGAUAAUUGUUCGACAAGCGGACCAUAUGAUCACGGCCUUUAAGCGUCAUAAUUCGGGAGCAUUUGACCCCGACCCGUACGUCUAUCCGGUGACCCUUAACGUCCUUUGUGGAGUGAUGUUCGGAAGAGAGCUGGAGUUUAACGGCGAAGAAUUCAAAAAGCUGACCGAAAAAAACAUGCAGGCUUUUGCCGCGAUUGCCGGGUCACCGAUUCAACAGUAUCCUUUCCUGCGAUAUAUUCCCCCUUUCAACAAGGACUGGGAUGCGUUGCGGUACAUGGUCGAACGCGAGUGGGAACUCUUUACAAAAGAGUACGCUCAGCAUGAGCAGAUGUACAAAGACGGAGCCAUGGUGGAUUUCUUUGACGCAUAUAUACGGCACAUUCGCGGAAAUGAUAUCAAGCCAUCACUGGCCUUUCAAAACAAGGAUGAUCUCAUCUGUUCGACGAUGGGACUGUGGAGUGCCGGACCGGAAGCGACGAACGUGGCCAUCCUGUGGGCCAUCCUCUUUAUGACCAAGUAUCCCGAAGUGCAACGCCGUGUCAAUGAGGAAAUUGUUCGUGUCGUUGGCCCAAGCCGGCCUGUUGUGAGCAGGGAUCAAGACGAUUUGCCGUACACCAUGGCGACAAUGUAUGAAUUCCUGCGUUUGGGAGGAAAUGCGCCAAUCGGCAACCCACGCUCGGCCUUUGAGGAAUCCGAAGUGAUGGGCUUCCGAAUUCCCAAGCGGACCCAAAUUAUUUACAACUCGUGGUCCAUCCAUCGAAACCCCGCCUACUGGGAUAAUCCUUUGGUGUUUAACCCGGAAAGAUUCCUCGGAUCCGAUGGACGUGUGCAUGUCCCGAAAGAAUUUGUGGCUUUCGGUGUGGGCACACGAUUCUGCCCCGGCAUAGAGCUAGCCAAAUCGUUGAUGUUUCUCGUUUUCGCCAACAUGAUGCAGCAGAUCGAAUUCCACAAAGCACCCGGCCACGAACUCCCGCCGCUGGAUGAAUACCAAUUCGGAGUGUCCUGCAAGCCGCUUCCGUUCAAAAUUCGUGCUAUCCAACGCUCAUAUUGAUUGCAAGCUAACUCAACCUGGGUUAGUUUGUACUUUACAACGAAAUUGACGCAAGCGCACCUUUCAUUUUCAAGCGCAUUUUUUGAAUAAUUUUGCUUGUACACUACGCAAUAAAUCAAUCGUACAUCGU